AGAUAUGAAGAUUUUUACUUGAGAGGAUUCCAUUUCUCCAUAUUAUCAUAAAAUCAAUUGUUGAUAAAAUUGUAAAUAUACAAAUUUGUCGCCGACUUACUUGCCCUUAAGUGAAAGAGCAACGACAUUCAAUAUUUUCUGGCUAAUCCAUUUGAAUAUUAUAUCAUGACUUUGCAUUGUUUCCUACCCAAUAUUUUAUAAAAUUUUAGCUGUUUUGAAAAUGGAAAUGGUCCAUAUAUACCUUGUACUAGGUAAAUAUUCAAAAGAAAAAAAGUUGCACAUCAUUUAUCUGUAAUUACAAGAAAAACUGCUGAACAAUUCAACUCUUCAGUUCUCACCAGAUUAUUAAAAAGGUGGAAAAAUAAACAGAAAAUAUGAAGUUCUGAUCAUGGAAGACAGAAGAGUGAACAUAAUCGGUGCCACAUCAGUGAUUACACUGAUCAUUAUAAUAAUCAUUGCUCGUGUCUUGUUGAAGCUCUCGAAUGCUUUCUUCCUUAUUUGUGGUGCUGGUGUUGCUGUGAUCUUUGCAGUAUUUGCUUUUGUAUUUGUCAGCUUAAGCAACAAACGAAGAAGUAAAAUAUUGGAAUCACAGUUGAAAUCAGAAGGUCAAGAGCUUAGAAUAGAGUACAGUUUCUUAAGAAAAGUUGCAGGGGUUCCUACAAAGUUCAGAUACAAAGAGCUUGAAGAAGCAACAGAUGGGUUUCAAUCACUUCUUGGAAGAGGUUCAUCAGCUUUAGUUUUCAAAGGAAUUCUCAAUGAUGGAACUUCAGUUGCUGUGAAAAGAAUUGAUGCAGAAGAAAGAGGUGAAAAAGAGUUCAAAUCAGAAGUUGCAGCUAUAGCUAAUGUUCAUCAUGUGAAUCUUGUGAGACUUUUGGGCUAUUGUAAUUCUUCUUCAGCUCCUAGGUAUCUUGUUUAUGAUUUUAUCUCAAAUGGGUCAUUGGAUUGUUGGAUUUUUCCCAAAAGGGAAUCUCAAAGACGUCGACACGGCGGAUGCUUGUCAUGGAACUUAAGGUAUAAAGUUGCAAUUGAUGUUGCCAAAGGACUUGCAUAUCUUCACCAUGAUUGUAGAUCAAGGAUCUUACACCUUGAUGUAAAGCCAGAAAAUAUACUCUUGGAUGAGAGUUUUAGAGCACUUGUUUCGGAUUUCGGUCUCUCGAAGCUAACUGGUAAAGAUGAAAGCCAAGCAGUGUCUACAAUAAAAGGAACAAGAGGGUAUAUGGCUCCUGAAUGGCUAUUAGAAAAGGGUAUUUCAGAUAAGACUGAUGUAUAUAGUUAUGGAAUGGUUUUAUUGGAGAUUGUUGGAGGAAGAAAAAAUGUGUGUUUGGUUGAAGAUGAAAAGGACAAGUCAAAAAGGAAAUGGCAGUAUUUUCCAAAGAUUGUAAAUGAGAAAGUUAAACAAGGGAAGAUAAUGGAAAUUGUUGACCAUAGGUUAAUGGAAGAAUGUGAUGAGAGGGAGGUGAUUAAAUUGAUUUAUGUUGCUUUAUGGUGUGUGCAAGAGAAGCCAAGGUUAAGGCCUAGUAUGGUUAAUGUGGUUGAUAUGCUUGAAGGUCGUAUUCGAGUAGAGGAACCACCAGGUACAAGAAUGAUUCUUGUUGAUUUUCUGUGUGUUGAUGAUGACGAUGAUGAUAAUAAUAAUGUUACUAAUAACAAUAACAUGCUAAGGUUGGAUACUAUGUAUAGUGAUCAGAGCAACGUGGAAUGUAAUUCUACCUACUCGUUUGAAACUACUGUUUUGUCUGGAAGAUAGUUCUUAAUUAGUUGAUAUUAUAGGCUUUUGGAACCAUGUUAUUUAUUUGAUUCUGCUGCAUGUGAUUUUCCAUUUUUUUUGUUUCUUUCAAAUCUAUAAAACCAAAAUGUAAUUCCAGAUAAUUCUCGAGCCAAAGUUUUCCUAUCUUUGUAGCCAGACAAACUAGUCUAUAGUUGUAUAUCGAUCUUGAUCGUAUAAGUAUACUUUAGAUUUAUUUUUUA